CGCUCAGUGCGUUUCGAGUCUCCGUGCCGAGCGGACGUUCACAUGGUUUUAGCGUCUACUUGACACUCGUACAUGUCAUACAGACAUAUACCCAAUAUGGCAACAGGAUAGUGAACCGUGUGUGGAAUAGUGAUUGUGAAUAGGAUUUGACGGUGGUCUUUGAUGUUUGGUCGGUCAAUAGGCAAUAGUUGACUGACUGGAAAGCAUGGCUUGUGACGGCUUUUAAUUGGAUUGCGGUUAAAAAAUACUUGUGACAAUCGUGGACUAUUUAAAAAUAUUGAGUCUAAGAGAUGUCGUCGUAAUUUUGACGAAGUUUUUCGAAAGAACGCGCGCUCGCAAUUGGAGCGCUAAAUUUGAAAAUAUCGUUCGAUUUUCGAAUAAAAAUGCUGGCCGUAAAGAAUUUCUUCAUGCCCGAGAAGCGGGUGGACUCGCCUCGUUUCUCGAGAAUGCCAGAAGCAUUGAUGAGGUCCAUUAGGAGGAGGUCGUUACGGGUGAAGCGGACCAAGUCGCUGGUGCUUGUCAGCGAGAAACGGAAGUCCGAUUCAUUCGUCAACAGCCAAGAAUGGACGGCCGCGCGAGGUGUCACAGAAUUACGAGUAGGCGUCUUAGGAUCGCCGGACAGCGGGAAAUCUGCGCUAGUCCAUCGGUAUCUAACAGGGGCAUACAUGCAAGAAGAAAGUCCAGAAGGCGGCCGAUUCAAGAAGGAAGUGAUCAUCGAUGGCCACAGCUACCUCCUGCUCAUACGGGACGAGGGAGGCUCUCCGGAGAUGCAGUUUACUGCCUGGGUCGACGCCGUGAUAUUCGUAUUUAGUCUCGACAACGAGGUCAGCUACAACACAGUCUCCAACUACUUUAACAAAAUGUCACACUAUCGAAACUCCGCCGAGAUACCGAUCAUUUUGGUUGGAACACAAGAUGCCAUAAGUGAAAGUAGUCCACGCGUCGUGGACGACAACCGCGCUCGCAAGCUGUCAAAUGAACUGAGAAGAUGUUCAUACUACGAAACCUGCGCUACGUACGGAUUGAAUGUCGAGCGCGUGUUCCAAGAUGCGUGUCAGAAGAUCGUUGGUUCGAGGCUGUCGGCAUCGCAGCAAUGCCUGACGGGAUCACGACCGGUGACGCCUCAGCCCCUGGCAAACUCUCCCAGUCACAAUCAUUCCACAUUCCUCUAUAAGGACUCUCUCCCGCGAGGCCACCACACCCUAUCUGCCUCGUCCCACCACCUCCACCGAGGCGCCUCGUCGUUCGACGCCUCCUCAAACAGCAGCGGCAUCUCGUCGACCCAUGUGGUGGAGAUCCACAGUACAAAUGGGUCGGAUACGUCUUCGCGGUGGGGGAAUUCGCUUGGGAGCCACGGGUCGAGUUCUGGUCUCGUGUCGAUUGCGACGGAGAAUAAUAAUGUGAAGUUUACACAGCCGCACUGCUUAGACAACCUCCAAGUGAAAGACAAAGACCUACCAACGCCAUCGUCCACACCUACCACCUCCAGAAAAUCACGAAGAAGAUCGAACUUAUUCACACCGUCAAAGAAAGGAGACGACCGACUAAAGAACGGAGAGCUAGGCUCCGGUCGGGCGAUACCCUUAAAACAGGGGUAUUUGUAUAAGAAGAGUAGUAAAGCCCUCAAUAAGGAGUGGAAGAAGAAAUAUGUGACGCUCUGCGAUGAUGGGAGAUUGACUUAUCAUCCUAGUUUACAUGAUUACAUGGAGGAUGUGAACGGCAAGGAGAUCUCCCUACAAUACGUGACAGUGAAGGUGCCCGGACAGAAGCCGAGAGGCUCCAAGUCCAUCAUCACAACCGUGCCAGGCUACAAUGGGUACAGCAGUCUGGAUCUGCAUGACAGCAUCGGGGGACUGAGUCUUGGAUACAAAGACAAGCCAGUCCGCGUGACUGACAAGGCGUUGAUGUCAGCGUUCGACACGCUGAAAGAGCCUGCGUCGUCGCGGCAAUCUCUCGCUUCAGAGGCUGAGGCUAAUGGCGAUAAAGAUACGCCGCAUGUCAAGAAACGACAUAGGCGGAUGAAGAGCAGCGGCGUGAAAAAGGAUGGGGAUGAUGAUGCCGACGGCGGCGCUUCAUGCGAGUUCACAAUAGUGUCGCUGGACGGCAAGAGAUGGCGCUGGGAAGUAGGUGGCGCUAGCGGCGCGGCAGCCGCGGCUGAGAGAGAUGCGUGGGUGUGCGCCGUAGAGGCACAGAUACUGGCUUCUUUACAAGGAAGGACGUCCCGAUUACCAGCGCCGACGGGCGCCAACUCCACAGGCGAUGUUCGCGCCACGUACUACAUUCGGCGGGUCCACGGCAACGAUAAAUGUGCAGAUUGUGGGGCUAACGACCCUGACUGGGCGAGCUUGAACCUGGGAGUGUUAAUCUGCAUCGAGUGCUCGGGCAUACACCGAAAUCUCGGCUCGCACAUCUCACGCGUGCGAUCACUAGACCUGGACGAGUGGCCAUUGGGUCACGUGAGUGUCAUGGUGUCUAUGGGCAAUGCGCUGGCCAACAACAUUUGGGAGGCGGACCUACGAGGGCAUAUAAAACCUAUCGCGUCUUCUAGUCGGGAGGAGAAAGAAAGGUGGAUCCGUCUAAAAUACGAGCGGCGGGCGUUCCUGUCGUCCACCGAGGUGCCGACCGGAGUGGAGUCCCUCCUCACGGCCUCCUCGCGCGGCGCCGUGUGCUCGCUGGCGCGCGUGCUGGCCGCGCCGGCGCCGCGCGCGCCCUCGCCCGCCGAGCGCGCGCUCGCGCUGCGCGCCGCGGCGGCUGCGGGACAGCUACCUGCCGCACAACUGCUCAUAUGGCACAACGGCAACCCGAACUACCCCGACGCGGACGGGCACACAUGCGUGUUCUACGCGCGCGCCGCCGCCAACCACCUCUCCGGCGUACCCCCCCACUACCCCAAGAACCUCCAGCUCCUCUGCCCCCUCCACCCCAACCCCCCCCAACCCUCCGACAACUCCUCCAACACCAGCUCCAACUCCUCAAAUAAAAGCAACUUGAAAAAUCCCGAACCGGAAUGCAAUUGUAUUAUCUUCGAGUUGCUUAAUGCUCAGAGCGCGGCGAAUGCUCUAGUCGAACUUCUGAUCGGUUUACAAAAUAAUCAGUACAUGAAUGGUUAUGAAGGGAAUGGGUUCAGCCACGGGACGCUAGGCAGGGGGUCUUCGCUCGGGGGCUUAGGGGGUAAUCUGUCCUUGACCAACGGAAAGUGUGGAAGUAUUGUUUAAUUUAUUUGGAUUACGUUACCCGAUUGUUGGUAUUUACUGUAAUUGUAAUUUAUUUUUAGUUUAAAUAAAAAAAUGUCAUUGUGAAAAUGUUUCUUUGCAGUUGCAAACGAGUUUCUUUUAUAAAUAUAAUUAUCUAAAUUAUACGUGAAUUUUAUCUGUCAAUUUAAAGAUACUUAAAUUAUAUUCAUUAGAGGAAUUAUUAGAUAAAAAUGUAUAGUCCUAAUUUAUGACAUAUCCCAUAGUUCAAAUUUCUGUUCAAUAGCAAUUUCAUACAAUUAGCGACAGACAUUUUUAGACUAAAUAUCUUGGAGGAUAUAACCAAUGGAGACGCCAUGCCUAAAAUUUUCGGUACAAAAUAGUCUGCCGUUUUUUGCGGGGGAGGGGCACAUCAAAUGUAUAGGAACGUCAUGUCAGAUAAACGUCAGUCCAUACAUGUGGUUGACCAUUGGCCGCCUAUUUUCGACAGAGGGGAACGCCUGUUAAUGGCGGCUCCAUUGUUAAUUACUCCGAGCUAAAUAUGGAUCCCACGUGAUUUUUGUAUGAAAACACGAAUUCGUGUUGGGAAAGGGACGGAGAUAUACGAAUCUAAUGUUAGGUCUCUUUCUGGUUAUUGGUGUUGAUUCAAAUUUUGGAAUUCUGUAACAGAGUAACUGUUAUUGACUUUAUACUGUAAAUAUCUUGAUUGUCAAAAUGGUCGUUAUUGACAGAUAUUGUUGUCGAACUGUCCUGUCACUUCCGGUCAGGGUUUUAAACAUGGCUACAAAGCAUAGGCAAAAGAAAACUGAGACGCAACUACUGUAGCAGUAAAUUUGACAGCUGAAUUAGAUAGCUCUGCAACUAAUAGGUCGUCAAUCGGCCACUUGCAGCGCCAUCUACUUUAACUGUCAAUUUUGCGACUUCAAUAUUUUCAUUUUUUUGCGUGUUUUGCCUAUUGGUAUAAAGACUAUAAACUAGUAUAAAGUGACAUAGAUGUACAACAAAACUUUUUACAGUAAGUAAUGUAUGCUACUUUACCGUCCUAGUACGGUAAUUGGCACAAUACGUGCAUAUGUCGAAAAUUUAAAGAGCCAUAUGUACUGUAAAACGUACUAUACACGUGCGAAAAGGUAAUUCGCAACUCGUGUCGAUUCAAAUAUAUCGCAACUUGUUGCGAAUCGCCUACUUUUCGCACUUGUGUAGUAAUGUACUAUAAAGUGUCAUUCUAUAGAACUUCCUACUAUGAAAAAAAAAACUAUGAAAACAAACCGCCAUUCUGAAAUCAUCAUUCAGUGACAGUUUCAAUAUGGCGGUUUGUUUACAUAGUCACAGGAUAAAUAAUAGUACUAGGUACAGAAGACUCACUCUCUAACAAAAUGCGUCUGUCCUGUCACGAUCAUCACAGAUAUGGCCGCUAGGUGGCGACAGCGCCACGCGCGGCUUAUGGCAAACCCCAAAAUUGGGGUCGAACGGAUGGACUUUUAGCUACCUGUAGCAAAGCGACGAAAUCGCGGAGUGAGCCACGCCUGACAUAGUUAGCAAGUUCUAUAGAAUGUCACUUUAGUGUCACAUGAUCGGUUGCAUUUUUAACCAAAGUUAACUUAUACCGUGUGGAUACCGAUUUUGAGUAAUUAAUAGGAGAAAAGCUGUUUCUUCAUACACUUUUAAAAUGUGACGCAAACCUUAAAAUGUUGAUGUUUUCACUAAACCGUGCAAUAGUAGUUUAGCUUAGGGUGGUAUUCCAUCUAUCCAAUAUCUUUGUCCAAUGUGUCUUGCGUCUCACAUUUUGCUUAGUGAGAGAGUGAGGUGCACAGACAUUGGAUCAAGAUAUUUGACAGAUGGAAAACCGACCUUACAGACGAAUAGAUGUGCAGUCAUCAAAACAUAUGAAAAAAAAAGUUUUGAGUCAGAACCCCUAGUGUAUUUCAUACGAUAGCGUGACCAGCGUUCGCGUUUGCGUUACGUCUAUUUUUGUAUGGUAUUUUGAAGAGCGCGCCAAGCGGGACAUUUUGGAAACUCAAAAUCCCAUUCAAAAUGACAACGCAAACGCGUACGUCACGCCACGCUAUCGAAAACUUAUGAUUUACGAGCAAACUACUUACAGUCAAAAUGCCAAACGUAUAGUAAAAAUCUAUUGGGAUAACAGGGGUCCUAGCCAAGGUGACAAUCGUUGAUAGAAAGCUCUAAUCGAAACUUAACACAUUCAUUACCAGCGACUCGCUAGGGGAGUUCACUGUUCGUAGGCGCUUUUCGCUACAUACGGUUUUUCCCGUGUUAUCGGCUACGCUCGUAGGGCGUAGCACUGAACACUGAAUGUGUUAAAUAAUGUAUAGAAAUAGCUCUAUGGAAAAUAGUCGCGUGACUUUCCGUAGCAUCUGUCAUUCCAAUUUUUUCUCUUCGUUUGGCGUUUGUCGAUGUCAUCUUGGCUAAGCCCCCAGAAACGUAUCAAUUGGUGAUUUAGUUUUGAUAUUUGGCGUGUUGAGAUAUUUCUGCUUUGUUACGGUGUUUAAUGACUUAUCUUAUUUUUCAUCUAUAUUCACAUGCAUCACAUACAGAGCUAAAUAAAAGUUGUACAAAAUCUGUGGUAACAUCGAUUACCAAGGUUUGAUACAGUAAUUUGAGUACCAUAUCGUACCUUGUCACACUGACAAGCA